CCAGUGCUAGAUACGGCACCGACCAACUCUCUCUUUCUUCCUCUCGUCAUCCUUGUGUAUGGCCUAACAGUGACAAAAUCAGCUCUAUAUGUGUUUCUAAAUCUUUCUUUUCCUCUUCAUAAACCAUUUCACUUCCUAUUCUUCCAUAACUAGCUUCCAACGGUGGGAGUAUAUUUAUGUUAUAUGUUGGUUGAUCUGUUAAUUACGAACAGAUUUGAUACUCCUCUCCUGCAAUUCUUGACUUUCUUUGCCCUAUUCUGAAGGUUUUUCAAAAACAAAAAGCCAAGAAAGAUAGAAAUUAAGAGGAUAUAGCUGAAUGGGAAGAGUAAAGCUUCAGAUCAAGAGAAUAGAAAAUACAACAAACAGGCAAGUCACUUUCUCUAAAAGGAGAAAUGGGCUUAUCAAGAAAGCUUACGAACUUUCUGUUCUUUGUGAUGUUGAUGUAGCUCUAAUCAUGUUCUCUCCAUCUGGGAGACUCAGUCUUUUCUCUGGAAACAAAAGCAUUGAAGAAAUUCUGACUAGAUAUAUCAAUAUUCCUGAGCACGAAAGAGGACGACUCCAUAACCAAGAGUUCCUUCAGAAAGCUCUUGGUAAGUUAAAAGCUGAAGGGGAUCAAAGUAAUUUCCAAGCAACCAGCCCUGCGACCACUGCUCAACUUGAGGAAUUUCAACAAGAAAUUGUUAGAUUCAAAUCGCAAUUGGAAAAUAUGGAGAAACAACUAAGAAUUUUAGAGGGCAAUCUUUCCCAUAUAAUAACAUUGCCUGAAGCUGAGUAUCAGGAGCAAAUUCUUGAAGGGGCAUUGAAUCGCAUGAGAAUGCGCAAGAAAUUUUUGGAAGAAAAUUACAAUUCUUCUGCUGCUCCACCAGCUUCACAGGUUCAUCUUCCUCCAAAGACAGCAUAUAUAGAUGAUUUUGUCACAGAAGAAAGUCCGAGUAAUGUCUUGGAUUGGUUUCAUGAAAGAGAACCACAAGUUCAAAUCUUGAAUUUUUUGGACUCCAUUGGUCUCCAGCUUCCUUUAAGAAAUCAAGUGCAGAGCGGAGCAGAAGUGUUGCCAACUCUUGUGCAUGGACAAAAUAUCAAUCUUGAUGAUCAUAUAAGCCCAAGAAGUGGUUUGGAGGAGGACAAUAAUGUGCAACGUCCUGAGUUUGGACAAGUUAUUGAUGUAAACUUGUCUCCUUGGACUGAAUUUUACCCAACAGGUAAUAGCUCCAUUAAUGCUUCGCAACCCAGAGAACGAGCAAUUCUUGAAUUGUAUUUGUCUCAAAUGACACCAUCAACCAUCUGACUCUCAAUAGCCAAGUUUUAAGGAUGCUUUUUUUUUUUUUUUUUCUGGUACAAUUUACGGAUGUUUUUCUGUUGCAGUAUAUGCUUUUUUUUUUUUUCUUUGCACGUCAAAUUUUGGAACAGAGGGAUCUAUUUUUAACUGUAACACGUAUGAAUUUUCUAUUUUCGAUGAAUCUUUUAUUGACAAGUCAUUAUUACUAUUA